UCGAAAUACAACACAAACAAUGGAGCUAGAACUAGAACUUUACUUGUCCAUUGUUUGAAGCACAUAUAUAAACUCAUAGACUGAUAGAUCAUAUCAAUGCAUAAUGAAUGAUAAUGUUGCCAUAAUUAUUAAUAACACGUAUCGUUUACAGCUUGAUAACAAACUUAGCCACAAAUAAUUUAACACGUAGAUAUAAUCGCCACAAGGUAAUACACAAAUCGUAGAAGGUAGGACUAGACUAACUAGAACUUACUUUACUUUACUUUGGCGAUAUGAUAUUAUUGAUAUCAGUUGAAAAAAUAACAUUUUUAUUAUUAUUAAUAAUAAUAUAUUUAUAUAUACGAUAUUCUUAACUUAAUAAAUAUUUUGUAAAUUAUAAUUCUCAUGAAUAAAAUUGACAAGUCCAGCUGUCCAUCGAAAUUGAUUUACUUACUGAAGACUUGAUUGGGAUUUGAUUUUGAUUGAUUCAAAUAAUAUAAUAUUCCAUAAUAUUUAUAUUGUCAAUAUUUAUAUUGAUGUUUGGAUUGAUUUCAAUAUUGAAGUUGCAGUGUGCCUUCUAACUCCUGGUUAAUCUGUAAGUUGGAAAUUAGUCUGUCGCAUGGAGGAGACAUAGGCAUAGGCCUACUUGAUAAACUUGGUUGUGUUUUCAUUUCCAAUCUUACUGGUCUACUUGGGCUUUUCAGUCUAAGAAAUAGGCUAAUGGUUGGCAUUAUACUUAUAAUCUAAUAAUUAUAAAACUUAGUGUGAGUAGUGGACUCAGGUGAGCAGGCCAGAAUUCAGUUCCAGCCUGGGGGCUUUCCUUGGUACACAUUAAAUGAAAUGCCUUACACAGUACACAUUGAAUGAAAUGCCUUACUCUAAGUAACACUUGCUUAUUUGGUUUUUGCUUCAAGAUUCACUCUUAUUGAAGAAGAUUGAUAGAUAUAUAUCUUCAGCUUCAUUUACAUUUGUUUGUUAUCAAUUAUUCAAUGCCAGAUGAUAUAGCAUUCAAUUUCAGUUAUAAAUUUUAGCAAGAGAUAAAACUCAAGUGGGUAAAAAUAAUUAAAGAAACAUUCAAAAGAUAGUGAUUGAAAAGCCUAGCAUUUAAAAAUGUAGGCCUAUAAAUUAUAAACUUGACUUAAAUGCAGGUAUAUGCAUGCAGUUGAGCUGGGAGUAGUGGGAGCAAGUAGAAACCAGCAGAUUUUUUUUCUCUUGAACUAGAGCCUGAUUUUUUUUUUUUUUUUUUUUUGGAGGAGGCUGCUAUAAACUCCAGCUCCUUGAUUGCUUUAAUUUUACUGAAUUCACUAGCACCAUAUCUUUAUAUUGCAAUAUCGUAAAAAGCGAAAUUGCCCUAAUCUAAACCUAAUACUUCAAAGUUGAAAUAAUUAAUAAUAAUACCUGUGCUACCAAGACAAGUAAUUCUCAUCUAUAAAAUUUUUUGGGAGAAGCAGGCCCACCUGAAGCUCUUCGUUAAUUUUUUGUAAAAAUUAGGGCUAGUACCAUUACUAAGAUUUAUUUUUUGUGAUUUAAUUUUUUUCUCAUAAACUUCAUACCUGGUUAUAAAUAAAAAAAAUUAAAACUACAAUUAAAUUUUGUUGCCAUUUUCAAAAAUUUCAUCCCAGUUGUGUAUGAAGAACAAUAAUGAAAAUACUGUUUUUUUUCUAUUCUCUCUUAUUUGUGAUAAGAACUUGAGAUUUUCCAUUUAAUUUUAAAACUAACAUUUUAUUAUAGUUAAAUUAAAAAUAAACUUGUAUCAGCUACAAAAAAAUAAUGUUGCCUGACUGCGGUAUGAGUUAUUUUACUGCAUAGCUAUAGUAUAUAUAGGUUUAAUUUUAAUGGUUUUAAUUGUCUUGUAAUCAGGUUUCAAGUGUACAACAAAACACAUUUUCAUAUUGAAAGGAAAACCCAUUCGAAUUCCAAGAUCAUUAUUUUAAAUUUAACAAAAUUUAGAAUGACGCAUCAAAUGGCAUCAUGAGGUGAGCUACUUAUAAAAUAUUACCAUGAGAAUUUACUAAUUUAAAUAAUAUAAUUAAUAUUAAAUUUUGUGUUGUUUUUUUUUUUUUUCAGUUAGUAAAUUAACAGCUAAUUCUGCUGUCAGACCAUCAUAUAAAAAUGCUGAGGAUCUUUUGUCGUGGUGGAAGAGUAAAAAUAUUUCUUAUCCAGCUAGCAGUGGCAAUUUAUUUGUUUUUAGUGGCUUUUGCUCUAUUUAACUACUGCAAUCACUGUAUUGUCACCUUGCCUAGCAGUCUCAUGGAUGAAUCCAACAUUCAGGGCUCACUACCAGGGGAUUGUAAAUUGGACUUUCACAAACUUGGUAAAAAUUUACUUAUUAAACUGUGGAAUAGAUUUGUGACUAGUUAAAUUGCAGUCUUAUCACAAAAUGUGCACAUUUCAAAAUUUAAGAUAUGUUUUAAAAAAUAGAUAAAAAAUUAGGAAUUUUAGAUUUAUAAUUUAAUUGAAGAAAAAAAAAGGCACAAAAAAAAAUCAUUAUUUGUAUUUUACCAUUCUCCAGCUCUUGUGAUAAUCACAUUUAAAAAGUUAUGGGAUAAUAUCAAUUAUAUGUUGACUAUGAAUUCACUAACUCAAUCCACAUAAAAUGAUUUAGCCAGUUUUCUCUUUUAACCCCCUGGUUGACCACCAGGUAACGCACAAGAGGUUAAAUGCAAAUGUGAAGUCUAAUCCUUAAAGGGGUAUGACCCUAUUGUUUUUUGAGCGAUAAUCAUUUCAUUAUUAUAGGUAGUUUUAUAAUAAUUAUUUGUUAUCUAUUCUGGUUUCAUCAAAAUGAAUACUUCAUCAGGCAUUCAGGAUGUCAACAAAUAUAAUGAGCCAACAGAGGAAAGCAUUAUUGCAUCGAACCCACAAGUGAAGAUUGGAGGAAAGUGGGCUCCUUUAGAUUGUACAGCGUGGCAAAAAGUGGCCAUAAUACUACCAUACAGAGAUAGAACACAUCCUUUAAGAAUUUUACUCCGUCGCCUUCAUCCCAUGCUGCAGGCACAGAAAAUAGAUUACCAAAUUUUCCUUGUUGAACAGGUAGGUGUAGCCUCAGUUUCAGCUAGCUUCACUAGAAUUUUGUGCAUUUAUGUUUUAUUUUAUUAACUUUAUGAAUGAAUUUUUGAAAUAUUACUUAUUUGGACUAAAUUGUUUUAGGUUACUGUCUUUUAGCCUUAGUUCCUUUCAUAAUUUUUUACUUUUUUAUAUCAAUGGGCAAAUAAUUUAAAAAAAAAACCAAGCUGUUUUGAGACUUUUCACCAAUCAAAUUAACUUCAGGCAAUAGCAAUGGCGAAAAGUUUUUUAAACUAGUUUCUAUUUCUUGGCAUAUUUUCAAUUUGCCCUGUCCGCUAAGAAAGGCUCUUAGCCUAAACAUUCUUCUCUUAGUGUCCUAUCUUUGGAUUCCACCUUCUACAUACCUUGUUCUACUAUUUCCUUCACACAGCUUGAACACAGGCCCUCAUUUAUUAUACUCUAUUUAGGCAGGUACUGGCCAGUUUAACAGAGGUAAAUUGUUCAAUGUUGGCUAUAUAGAGGCUUUAAAACAAAGCAAUUUUGACUGCAUGAUCUUUCAUGAUGUAGAUCUACUCCCAGAAGAUGACAGAAACCUCUACUUGUGUGAUGGACAUGGCAGACACUUAGAGACUGCCACAGAUGAUUUAAGAUAUCAGUAAGGCUUCCUGUUGUAUUUGUGUAGAGAUAUUGCCAGGAAUGGAAUAAAAAAUAAUAUAUUCUUUCAAAGUUUUAACAGUUUGAUAACCUGGGCUUUAAUGUGGUUAGUAGGAAUAAAUCAUUCAUAAUUUAUUGUUCUCCCAUUUGGAAAAAAAAAAAUUAAACAAAGAUUUUCUUUGUAAUCAAGAGUAAGCCAAUAUGUUGUUUAUUUAUAGAGUUAUAAAAAAAUUGGGGCGUAAAAUCAUUUUAAAAAAUUUUUCUAAUGGAAAAAGUAUACAAAACUAUUUCUCAUGAAAUACAUUAACUGAAUUCAAGAUUUUCAGAUUGUUUUGUCGUGUCCAAAUCGUAGAAUAUGUUUAUGGAAAUUAUUUCUCAAAUUUAUAUUCUGUUUCAUAGAAUUUUUGUUUUGGACAAAUUUUUCUUUGAUACCUUGAUAAUUCUAUUACUAAUAAUGACUUCCCACAUAAAUCUUUGUUUCAGUUUAAAAUACUAUAAUUAUGCUGGUGGAGUGAUUGCUAUAAAUAGUCAGAAUUUUCAACGCGUUAAUGGAUUUGCCAACUCUUACUGGGGUUGGGGCAAUGAGGAUGAUGAUUUCUCUGCCAGGUAAACACUACAGAUAGUUUUGGCGAGUGGAAAUAAGUAUAGAAUGCUAUUCUUUGAUGGUAGCGUCACUACUGUUUAUUCUGUAACACUUCAGGGAAUACAGUAUUUUGUGACAAAUCUAAUUCCUAUCUAAUAUCUAAUAUAUGGUGCAUUCCAGGCAUCAAAUAAAAAUAGUCAUACAUAUUUAAACAAUAUAUUUAAAAAAAAUUAAACAUUCAUCCAUUUCCAUGUAGAAAAAUACUACUUUGAUUUUAAAAUUAAUUUACAUAAGUGCACCUCUAAUAUCAUUUUUUGUCCCGUGUCAUUUAUUGUAUUUGUAUUUAGAAUCACAGAGUCAGGCUUGUUACUCACUCGCCCUCCUGAGUUGAUUGGUAGAUACCAGAUGGUACCGCAUAAGAAAAAUUCCAGAUCAUCGUCUGGGUGAGAUAUUUAAUUCUAUAUCCUUAAGUUUUGAGUUUUUAAAAAGAAAUUAAAUAACAUUCCAAUUCCCAAAUGAAAGAAUACCAAGUUUUAAAGGUCUACAAAUAUUUCAGUUUCUGUUAACUUUAUGAAAAUACUGUGUUGUCAAAAUGGUAAUAAUCAUUUUUAAAGAAAUUAGCAUAUGUUUUAAGAAAACAUUUCUUAAUUUUCUUGUAGGAAUGGCAUGUUUUUUGGCUGGAGGAGACGGUGGCAAACAGAUGGAUUAAAUGAUCCAGUGGGUAUGAACUACUCUGUGCUAAAAUUAGAAGAAACACCAUUAUUCACUCGAGUGUUAGUUGAUAUUGGCAGUCCUCCAACGGACAUGAAUGUUUUUAUGCAGGAUCACUCACAAGAUGUCUCGCUGUGGUGGUAAGAAAUUAUUUUUCAUAACUUAUUUAAAUUAAGUCUUAGUUUUAAAGUGUAGCUCCAUUGAAAUCUAAAGUAUUUGUUAGUAGCAUGUGGGGGUUAUACAUUUUAGUUGAAAACGGAGCUUUGCAUUAAAAUUCUAAAUACUUUUUCUUACUAAAAUAGUCCUCAAUGAACCAUGUGUGUGUAAUUUGAGUUGGUAACAUGCACUCAAAUAAUUUAGAUAUAAGUGUUAAAUUUAAAUAAAAUGUAGAUAUUUGUAGAGCAGUUUUGUAAAAAAAAAAAAAUAUGUUUUUUUGUUUUGUUUGUUUCCUUCCAGGUUUUUGUCCUUUUAUUAUCCUUGAUGAGAUUCAAGUAUUUUCAAGGUCUGGUAAUAAAUAAAUGGCAGCUACACCUAGAGACUACUGAAUAAAGAAGUUAUUUAAUUUACCAAAAUUAAAAGUCAUCCACUAGUUUGGCAAGCCUUAUUUGUUCAUCAACAAACCUGCUCAAAGUCAGCUAAAUGAUUUACAAUGAAGUCCUUCAUAUGUGAAUAAUUUAAUGAUUUGUUAAAUUUUAAAUGGGCUAUCAAAUGUUAGGACUCAAAAGGUUUAAGAACGUAAUAAAUAAGUUAAUACUUUGUUUAUUGGAUAUUAUUUUAAAGUAAAUUAUUGAACAAAUAGGAAGAAGCAUUGUUACAAUACAUACAACACAAAUAUGGUGUUACAAUAUUGUGAUCAAUAUUUCUUCUUUGCUACAGGCUAAUAAUUUGAAUAUUAAUUUAUUAAAUUCCUAUAAAAUAUUUAAGAGAAAAAUGUCCUGGUUAUCUUUAUGUUAAAAAGUAUAACAGUAUUGCUUUUAUUUUAUUUAAGUUUAUCCCACAUGUUACUUGUGUUUUACCUUGAUGCACAGUUUUAUUGUCAAGAAUCUGCUGUAAAUAUUGUUUAAGAAUAUGGAUAUAUAUUUAAAUAUUCAAUAAGAAUGUUUGAAUUUAUGCUGACUUAACCCAAACUGCUGAAAAUUCACCAUAGAACUCAUGCAUAAAAGAAAACCAUAUUUAUAUACGUUUUAUUUAUUUGUUGUACCGGUAACAUAUCUCUGCUGCAUCUAACAGUUUGAAUUACAUUUUUUAUUUUUAAAUCUGGAUGCAUGGCAUAUUUUUAUGCAUUAAUUUAUUGUAUCUCAAAUUUUUUUUAUUCUGCUGAGUUUUAAGUACAAAUAUUUUAGCAUAACAUUUUGGUUUGAAAUGUAUGAAUGAUAUUCAUUUGAUAUUUCAACCUUAGUCAAUGGCUAAAGCUUACACUUACAUGUGAUGGGUGAUUCACCUUGUAUUUAACUUACACUGGCUGAUAAAACCAUAAUAUUUUGUUGUUUUUUGGAAAAUGGACAUAAUCAUAUGAACAUAUCAUAUAUUGUUUAUACUUACUUUACGCCUCAUAGAUUAUCUAAUUCCUUCAAAAUUAUCCAGCUUUACAGUUAAUAAAUUUAACCUUACUUUGAAGUCAUAAUUAUGUGCAAAACCGGGCAUGGAGAUAUCUCAGAUAUAUUAUACUCUACCGGUCAGAGAACAUGAAAAUUUAAUUGACAAACACUUUUUGAGAGGACAUAAGUUGAGGACUGAUAAUUAAAGCUCUUGUAUUUUGUAGCAGAAAUUUUUCUGUAGAGCUUUUAAUCAUAUAAAGCUUUGGAUCAUUUAACUAGCAUUUAAAAAAAUAUUUACCUUUAUUUUAUCUUUCUUAUGUACAAUCAGUUAUACAUUUUGACCUGUGAUUAAUCUUUUAUCAAUCUUUUUUUUUUUUUUUCUAAACUUCAUUUUACUUGUUCAUGUAUCCAGAUUGAUGUAUCUAAAACUUUUGUUUAAUAUCUGUACAUUUUGUUUUCUAUAAUUGGUUUAUUCCAGUUCCAGUGGUUCUCAAAGCUGGUAAGCUGCUAGGUGUGUGCGAAAAUUCUAAGACCUUUUAAGUAAUUUCACUAAAUUUUCAUUUGGUUAAAAAGAACAAGUUAACGAUAUUCAAGGGCUUAAAAUUAUUGUACAAGGGAUUUACUGGCUUACCCUUUCACCGUACAAGAAAAUAUUUGGCUUCAUAAUUAGAAACUGAGCUUGUUGCUUCUGACACCAAAGUUUCUUUCUUGGUGGAAUUGACGACAAACACAUGCACUGCCUGUUCAACUGAGGGAAGGCUCUUCUCAUUGUUUGUGUCUGUAAGGGUCAAAAAGCCAUUCUGGCACAAGUAUGUGGUUAAAAAAUGUAACAUUUUCAGUAUAUUGACUACUAGUCCCCUCUCACAUACAUGUAGUUGCAAACCUGUACAUUUCGUGUGCUUCUGGAACUCACUGCAUAGGGUAGUGUGUGUGAACAUAACAAGUUUGUGAACCACUAGUUUAUUCAGUCAUAAGUCAUCCAUAGUUAUUUAUAGUAUUUAUGUUAAAAUGACACAAAUAGAUCCUGGGACUGAAACAAUAUAUAUAUUUGGUCUAAUUUCAUAGGUUGAGGUCAAUGUAAUUUUCAUAAAAGUUAAUCAUCCCUGCAAUACCUCCACAGUAGAAGAUGACAGAAGAAGGACUGUAUCUUGUUAUUUUUAGAAUCUGCUGAGUUUUAUCUCAACUGUACUUGAAAUUGAGCGUAAUAAUAUGUGAACAAGCUCUGAAAUUAUUUGUCUUCUUUGUAGAUGUGAAUGUUACUUAUUGAUCAUGUUUAAUAGAAGUCAAUGUUACCCACCAGUUUUUUAAAAUAUUUUUGAUAAAUCAAAAAACCAAAUAAAACUUUUUGGGAGUCCCCGGAGUGCAGCAUAUUUACAUGAUGACGACCACGGUGAACUCCUGUUUCAUUUUUAACAGAACUUUGUAGCUGGCAAUAAUUGAAGUUCUUCAUUCCAGGUAAUUUUUCUAGCACUCCAGUUCCGCAAAUUGAGGAGGUUAAAAAACUCAGCUCCAAAGAUCUGUUUAAACCUUCAAAAUUCAUAGUGUGAUGGAGGUGAUAAUGAUAAUUGGUUUCUAUAUAAAUUUGUAGUGGAAUGUUCUGUCAAAUCAAUGUCUGGAGUGUUUCAUUCUUGAUUCUUAUCAAUUUUUCUAUAUACCUGUCAACAUUCCUUAACAUUGAUGAACCUUGCCUACUGUGGUGUUAUUUCCUUUUUAUGCCAUUUCAUAAGCAACAAUGUUGUUGACAAUCCACCAUUUGAUUAUUGUGUCAUAUGUUGAUAAAGCUGUCUUUAAAGACAUUUUUUUGUUGUUGCCCUCCUUUCUUUCUCUCUGUCUCUCUCUAGAGAAAAUAGGCUGUCUCCCUGACUGCUUUAUCAUGUCAUUUCAUGAGAUGCACAGCACAGUGUACUUCAACAGGGUCACAUGGAAGAUGUUCAUUGUCACCAGUACAUAAACCUGUCAUAACAUGGUUGAAUGCAAAGAAAACAAUCAAUUCUUCCAAACACUUAAAAAAACAAACAAUUGAUACUACUAUUGCCUUCUAUGAAUAUGUCAAAUAUCUUUUACCUAAAUAUGCUUCAGGGUUAUGUUGGCUGUGGUACUUGUUACACAAACUUUAUUCAUCUAAUGAAAUCCAUAAGCAAUAAAUAUUAUUUCAUAUUCUACAAUAAAAUAGAUCAAGAAAUGAAAAAGCAUGAUUGAUGCUGGCUGUUUUAACAUGACAUUAAAACAUUUCCAGUU